AUGGCUUCUACCGAAAUACCUAUAUUUACAACUCCACAAGAAGAAAUUCAGUAUUGGAAAAAGAGAUUGGAGGAAAAACAACAGGAUAUGGAUGAUUUAGAAACAAGCUUUAACGAAUUCCAAGACUUUUCAAAACAAUUAGAAGAGGAAAUGGAGGAAGAGCUGAGAUUGUGCGAAAAGAAAUGUUCAGAUUUACAAUCACAACAUGCGAGAUUAAAAAAUGAUCACGAAACAGUUUUAGAUAAAUUAAAUACAAGCAACAGAGAAUCAUCAAAAUUAAUAAACAGUUUACAGGACGAAGUUACAAAGCUACAGGCGAUAAAACAAACUUUAACAGAAGAUAAAAGAAAACUAGAGCAGGAAAAUGAUUCAUUAGAGAGAAGAGAAAGAGCUUCCUCUGCAUCAGUACAGGAUCUAUCAGAUAAAUUAGAUAAAGUAAUGGAGGAAAAUGUUUGGAUGCAAAGUGAGCUUGAAGAGUCAAAACAAAUUGCAGAUGAAACUAUUCAAAGAUUAAGAGAUGAUAUUAGAGAUUUAAGACUCGAAAUUUCGGUAAGAGAAAGAAAGCCAACAUUAAAAUCAUCAUCAUCGUCAUCAACAGAAAAACCAAAUAGCAUAAAUACAAAACGUGAAAACCCAAUAUCAUUUAAUAUACCAAGAGCUCAAAAAUCACAAAGACAAAAAACAGAAGACACUGCCUCAUCAUCUAGAGCGGGUUCAUUAUUAGUCGUCACAGAGCUUAUUAAUUUAGUAUCAGAUUUGGAGAAUAGAAUUUCCAACUUUAGAUUAAAACCAAGUAAUAGUAAUGGUAAUAUAGCAGGUACACCAACUCAUGAUGGUUCAAUAGCAGUACCCAAUCCAACCCACAUCACCUAUUUUAAAACAUACAAAUUCAUUAACAAAUCUCAAAGAGUUUUCAUUAAAUAGUAAUAAUAAUGUAUUAGUUCCUAAUGGCGCAUCAACAUCAACUACAGCAACCAUAACAACUAGUAAUGGUACUACUGCCAAUAGUGGUUCAUUAUUAAGUUUUUUUGAAAGUACUAAAAAUAACAAUGGUGGUGGCAGUAGCAGUAAUGACAAUUUAGAAAUUUUAAGUAAUAAUAAUAACCAUAAUAAUAAUCAUAAUGACGACACUAAUAAUAGUAGUAAUAAUAAUAGUUUAAAUAAUAGUCCUUUUAAACCAAAUAAUCACAAUAUAGGCGUUGUUAAUAUUAUAAAUGAUGAAUUAUCAAAAUAAUAAUUAUUAAAAAAACUUAUAAACAAUAAAAUGUACAAAAAAAAUAUAAAAAAAUAUAAAAAAAUAUAAGCUUCAAAAAAAUAAAAUAUUUAUUAUAAAAUAAAAUUGUAAAACUAUUAAUAUUUGUAAU